AUGGACGCCGAAGCCGCGCUCCAAGAGCCCUUCCUCGCCGAAGGCCUGCGGCCGAAGUUCCGCUUUUUACGCUUGACUGCUGCGCUGAGUGGUCUGGGCGCCCUUGCCACUCUCGCAUGGCCCUCCGGCCCUGGAAGACCUGUGGCGCUCUUGGCAUCCGACGAGGUGCCGACCUUGCGGAUUUUAGGAGGCCCCGACGCCCCUCCGCGUGAGCGCUCUUGGGUGCCGCGGGUCUGCACAGAGCUGUACGAGGGCCCCAGCUGCUCGAAUACGACGAAGUGGAAAGGGAUUGUCACACUGGAGAUUCAUGGGCGGACCAUCGACAACGUGAAGAUGCACUCAAGGGGUCAUUCUUCCGCCAUGUUCCCCAAGCAUCAGUUCGCGCUCCGCCUGCCCACCGCAAUCCCGUUGCUUGGGAUGACGCCCGCUAGGACCUGGGUCUUAGCGACCUCCUUCGUGGAUGUCUCUUUCCAACGCAACCCGCUGGCCUUCGACAUCUAUCGGCAUCUUGGUGGUUGGGCCACCGAGACUGCUUAUGUCAACGUGGAGUGGCAUGGUCAGUAUUACGGCCUCUAUUACGUGGGUCAGCGCAUCAAGUGUGGGCAAGGCCGAUUAGAUGUUUGCCAUCGAGAUCCUGACCCUGACGCCUCUGGAUUUCUUCUCACCAUUGAUUGGGCCAAGCCAGGCGAUGUCGCUCUGAAGAGCAACGUGACAUCCACUUUCUUCAAUGUGCUCUACCCGACUGGCGCGUUAAGACCACAGGAGCUCGACUUCUUGGGCACUUUGAUCAACGAGAUCGAUGUCCGUGCGGCCACGGGGCACGGCGGCCUGCAGCAGCUGGUGGACCUGCCGAGCUUUCUGCGGUAUUACAUCAUGGAGGAACUGGCCAAAGAUGUGGAUGGCUAUGCCUUUUCGAACUACGUGAAGAUCAAGAAUGGGAUGCUGUACCAUGCAGCGCCCUGGGACUUUGACUUGGCCUUUGACUUUGCCUGUAUGCCAAGAUAUUUUACCAAUAACCUGACUGGAGAGGUCCAUUUGGGAGCGAUUGGAUGGAAUGUGGAGAAUUCCAGAUCUGAUGCUCUUUGGAUCGGCCCCUCAGGGAUGCCUGGUGGGAGCGUGAAAGAGUUUGGAAUGAACAAACGGCAGCACUUCCUGAACAUCUGGAGAUAUCCCGGAUUCCAGGCCGCUUUUGCUGGAGCCUGGCGCGCGGCGCGCGCGCGCACCUUGGGGGAUCAUGCACUGCGAUCCAUGGUCGAAAGCCGCAGCGCUGUCAUUGGCCCUUCUGCACGCCGGGACCUGCACUUGUGGCGAAAUACCAGCCGCUGCGGCUUUUGGCACUGCUGUGCUCCACAAGAUACGCAAAGCUUUGAGGAAGCGCAACGACAUUUGAUCUCCUACUUGCUGGCUCGUGCAAAGUGGAUGGAUGAAAACGUGGCCUUCUUGAAGCAUUAA